GCUCUGUACAUUUAGAGAAAGGCGGCGUAUAGUACUAGGAGACGAGGCAUAUUACGACCCCUUUGACAGAACUCUAAUGUUACUAGGGAGAUGCAAGCCAGUGGGAUAUUGUGAUAGGAAACAAGCAUAGGAAGGCAUGCUGCCCCUUUCACAACUACUCUCUCCCCCCCAUGUUCCAUUUUUCUUGUAUUUGCCCUUUGCCACUUUAUACAGCACAUAGGGGUAGUACAGUGGCCUGUGUUUGGUGCUACUAGAAACUGCAGUGGGUUUAUUGGCAAGUUCUCCCCUGUGCUAAGUGGUACAUCCCAGGAUACCACAUUUGACCUAAACAGCUGUUGUGACCAAGCCAACAGCUGCUGUCUGCCUUCUUCAACAACCCUCCAAUUGGAAUCCAUCUCACCUGACAUUAUGGGCCACAUCUGCUGAGCAGCGCUUGAAAUGCUGGUAUCAUCAUUAAAGAGGGACACUAAUGGAAUGUAACUGUUGUGGAGCUACAGCGAUGGUGUAUUUUUCAGUUUUGAAAGGUGCAUUAUGGGUUUAAUGUGGAUUCUGUGAUGAUUUGAAGCACUCUUCACUGCAACCUCACGGACUGGAAAGGAUUACGGAUACCUAUUCUUCUAAGACUCUCUUACCGAAGUCUGAGGAAGCAAAUAAGUGGAAACUAUGUUCACCAAGCUGAAAAAAAAGAUUGCAGAGGAGGCAGCUGUAGCUCCACGUCCUGGUGGGGCAGCCCGAAUCCCCCGUACUAUUAGCAGGGAGUCCAUCACAUCAGCAGGGGCUGAUUCAGGAGAUGAUUUUGCCUCAGAUGGCAGCAGCUCCAGGGAAGACCUUUCCUCUCAGAUCUCCAGGAAAAAUGAACAGAUUCGCCGCCUUGAAGCAAAGCUAAUGGAAUAUGCCGAACAAGUCCGAAAUCUACAGAAGAUGAAAGACAAGCUUGAGGUUGCAUUAGAAAAGCACCAGGAUUCCUCCAUGCGUAAAUUUCAAGAGCAAAAUGAGGCGUACCAGGCCAACCGCGCAAAGAUGGCUGAAGGAUUCGCGCUAGCUCUUGAAAAAAAAGAUCAGGAAUGGAUGGAGAAACUUGCUGAUCUUGAAGAGGAAAAGAAGAAACUGUCGGAUCAGUUGGUCUCUAUGACAAAGCAGAAUAUGUCCUUCUUCAAAAAGCGGGAAGACCUUGAUGAGCUUGAAGGGUUUCAGCAGCAGGAGCUGGCAAAAAUAAAGCACAUGCUAUUGCAAAAAGAAGAAAUGCUAUGGAAAAUAGAGGAAGACCUGAAACGACAGAGGGAAGAAGCAGAAGCUUCUCUGGUUGAACUGCAGGACUCCAGCUGCUUGUCUGCCAAGCUCAGUGCAGAUAUACAGAAGUUGCAGGAGGAAAAUACUGAGCUUGCUCAAAAGAGGUCUGAGCUUGUAGCAGCACAAGAAGGAGCAACAAUCAAGAUAACAGAGCUAGAGGACAGGCAAACAGAACUACAAGACUUUAUCCAGCGGCUUUCUUUGGAUUUGCAGGAGGCUCAGUCUUCUGCUUCUAGUUGCAAGAAGAAACUUAACUCUGUUCAAGCUGAUUAUGAAGAUCUCUCGCUACAGCACAGUCAACUCAAAGCUAAGAUGAGCACAGAGGCUGAAUCAAAAGAGGUUUUGAUUAUGCGCCUCCAAGAAAAAGUCAGUUCUUUGGAGAAGACACUGGAUGGAACCUACUCUGGGGAGGAAGGACUCCAAGCACUACUUAAGGAGAAGAAUGACCUGGAGGUACGGUUAAAUGAAUCCAAGCAAGAGCUACUGGAGGGCAAGGCUAUGCACAAAGAUACCAUCUGCCAGUUGGAAAACCAGGCAGCAAAGCUUACCAGUAGAAUACAAGAAAUGGAAAAUGUUUUGCAUCAGAAAGAUGAAGAGUUAACCCUCUUCAAACAGAAAAGUGCAUCAGAGCUGAAGGAAAUAGAGCAAAAAUUAGAGACAACACAUGAGAAACUGCAGAAGCAAGAGGAAGAGUUGAACGAGAGAGAAUCGCAAAUAAAAUCACUGCAAUCUGAUCUGGAGUCCGAGUGUAGCAGGCUGACACAGCAGCUGAACAGUGUGAAACACCAGUGUGCUGAGAAGGUGGAGCGACUGGAAGCCCAAGUGUCUGCUCUCGAAGGGGCACGAGAGUUUGAUAAGGCAGCAGCUCAGCACCAAGUAAAACAAUUGGAACAAGAUAACACGUUGCUAAAAGAAAGAAACGAAGAGCUGGAAAGGGCUCUAAGGCAUCAGGAAGCCGAGCAAGAGAAAAUGAGGGAGGAACUGAGCAGCAGGGAAACUGUGAGUGUGGAGAUUGCCAAAGCCUUGGAAGAAACCCGAAAGCAGAAGGAAGAACUUCAGCAGCAGGUGGCCAGUCUCUCGAAUAUAAUCACUGAGAAUGAGAAAGAGCUGGCACAGAGAACAGAGGCGCUACAGGGAAAGGAAGAGGAAGCAGCUUCUCUAAAGAGAGAUUAUGACGCCAUCUUGUUGCAAGUAUCGCAGCAUCAGUCUCAGCUAGAGACAUAUAAGACACAAAUGGAACAGAGUGAGGAAUCCACAGAGAAGCAAGUCAGAACGAUGAGGAUGCAACUGCAAGAGCACAAGCAGGCUCUCCUUACAAGUGAAUCUCAGGUCUCAUCAUUACAAGAAGAGGUUUCAGCCUUACAUGAACACCUUCAUGGGUCGAAUGCACAAGAGCUCAAUGGAGAUGUAACCGCAGGCGACAUUGCACAGCUCCAGAAGGAGAACCUUGAAAUGGGGCAGCAGAUAGCAGAAAAAAAUAAGACUAUAAAGCAGCUCCAGCAGAGGAUGGCAGAACUGAAAAAGACAUUACAAAAGGAGCUGAAAAUCAAACCAGAGCCCGAAGUGAAUGAGGUCCAAGAAAAGCAAAACCCAGAGCCAGCCCUGCCAUCACUCACUGUAACCAACAAUGCAGACUUGAAUGACUCCCGAGAGAUCAACUUUGAGUACUUAAAACAUGUAGUGCUGAAGUUCAUGUCUGCCCGGGAAACAGAGGCCUUUCAUCUUAUCAAAGCUGUAUCGGUGUUACUCAACUUCUCUGUGGAGGAGGAAAAUCUGCUCAAAGAGACCUUGGAAUACAAGAUGUCCUGGUUUGGCUCAAAGCCUGCUCCAAAAGGUGCCAUCCGCCCAUCUAUAUCCAAACCAAGAACCCCCUGGUCCUGAGUGGAAGGGGAAACCACCGCUUGUGGUGGGCAGCUGCACUUUGUAUGAAACACUAACCACUGGCAGUUCCUGGUGCACUCCAUUCGCUGUCCUUGCAGUGUUUUCUUAUGGGAAUUUACAGCCUCCGAGUAUCUCGGGAGUAACUUUGUAUUAAAUAGUAUGCAUAGCACACUAAAGGCUGUGUAAAUACAUACAUACAUAUAUAUAUAUAUAUAAAUAGACAAGUGUAAAUAGUAUUUUAAGUAAAUGAGGGGAUUAUGAACUGAACAUGAGGUAGAAAACACAGGCAGGUAGAAAUGUUAUUUGUACAUUGAACUGGAUUCCCAUGAUAUUUUUCUCUGGUGCAGCGUGAAAGCGGCAAAGAGUAAGUGAAAUUUUCAUCUCUGCUAGCUUCUUUCAUUUUCUUCCCCCCCCCCCAACCAGUAAUUGUUUUUUAAUUCAGCAUUGGAAGAUACCUUGUCUUGCAAUAAAUAUGCAACACCAGGAAUCUGUAGCCUGCUAUCUAAGGCUUGGGGGGUGAGCGUUGUGGUAGGCAAGGUAUUCAUAGGUGCAUAUUCUUCAGUGGUUCCUUAAAGUACAAGUAAACCCAUUUAUAUAGCGUAGGCCCUACACAGGCUGGCCUCCCCCCUCCAAACAAAAUGCAGAGUAUCACAGCAGGAUUGGCAGCUGCCAUCUUUGUUGACUUGAUGUCUUUUUCUAGUUUUCUGGCUGCCAUGAGCAUGCAUAGUUAUAUCCAGUGAUUGACACUGAAAGGUGAAAAAGCAUCAAGCAGCCACCAACCUUGAUGCACUAUGACAUCAGGUACGAUAAAUAGGGCGGUACUGGGGGGGUCAUCUGUGGUGCUUGGUUUGAGAGAGAGGAGGAAGGCUCUUAUGAGGGGGGUCUAUGUUAUAUAAGUGGUUUCCUGGUGCUUUUAAGCACCUGCCCUAGAGUCCCGUGGAGUCCUAUAUCCCUUUUUGAUUUCUUUUCAUUUUAAAGACAUUAUUCUUGUGUUUUAAGGAUGCCUCAAAUGCCGGUUAUGUAGAUUUUUACUAUAACUUAUUUCUUAAUAGUCAGAUCUAUUUAAUUCCACAUUUUUAUCUGUGGGAAGGUGCGUUUUUGUAAAUUGGGUAGGAAAAUAGCAUAGUGUCCAAAUCAGACCUGGAUAAUCGGCAUGUUCUGUUUGCUACUGUUCAUUCUCCUUUAAAAGGAAAAUACAGCCAAUCAGAAUUUCCUUAUCUAUCUUUGAGUGGGCCCACAAACAUAAGUAGCCUAUGCCCCCUCUAUAAAUACAACGGUGCAACAAGGGAAGGUUCAGCCUUUGCAAUAAGCUAUGCACUUUUAUACAGCUGGAACAAUAAACCAAAACCGGAUUGUGCGGUUUCAAUGCUUGGUUCAUA